AUGAGCCCGGCCCUGCUGCCAGCCCUCCUGGGCCUCACCCUGGUGCUGCCCGGAGGACAGACCCUGACCUGUCACUCAGGAUCAGCAAUGGCUGUGAGGGAGGCAACAGAACUGCCCUUGACGUGGACCGUUGGCGAGGAGGACUGCAGGGAGGGCUGGGGCUGCCAGGACACGGUGAUGCUCCUAGAGAAUGGACCCCAGGUGCUCCUAGUGCUCACCAAGGGCUGUACCCAGGAGGAGGACCAUGAGGCCCGUGUCACCCGGCACCGGGAAGGCCCUGGCCUGUCCAUUGUCUCCUACACCCGUGUGUGUCGCCGUGAGGACCUCUGCAAUGACCUCUCCAGCACCCGCUCUCUCUCGACCCCACCUCCUCCUACAUUCCCAGGGACCGUGCGGUGCCCAGUCUGCUUGUCUAUGGAAACUUGUGAAUCUGCAACAGAGGUGACCUGCCCCGUCGGGCACACGCACUGCUACAACGGGAUCCUGCAGCUCAGGGGAGAGGGUGUCGACCCCAAUCUGAGAGUCCAAGGAUGCAUGUCCCAAGCAGCCUGCAACCUGCUCAAUGAGACUCGGAAAAUUGGGCCCUUGUCUGUGAGUGAAAACUGUGAUGUUGAUGCAUUUCGGACCUGUCAAAAGGGGACCAUGCAACAGAUUAAACCAAACCUGACUAAGGAACCCAUGGAAUGGGACGCAUUUAAGAACGUGACAUGUGAUUUUGAGGAGGUGUGUCAGGAGACACUUCUGCUCAUAGAUGUAGGACCCAGAUCACUCAUUGUGGGGAGCAAAGGCUGCGGCAAGGCUGAGACACCGGAUUCCCAGACUGUCUCCAUCCACUCGGGGCCCCCCGGAGUGCUUGCUGCCUCCUAUGUCCAUUUCUGCUCCUCCAACGGGUGCAACAAUGCCAGCAGUACCAGUGUCCUGCUGAACUCCCUCCCUGGUCCAGCUGCCCCUGCCCCAGGAGACCUGCAGUGUCCCGCCUGCGUGCAGAUUGGUGGAUUCUGUACAGACUCUAAAAAUGUCUCGUGCCCCAAGGGCACCACUCAUUGUUAUAAAGGUUAUAUUGGUCUUGAAGAAGAAGGUGGACAGUCCUCUGUACUUAGCAUUCAGGGCUGCAUGGCCCAACCUUCCAACUCCUUGUUGAACCACACCAAUAGGAUUGGGCCGUUCCACACAGCUGAGUUCCCUGAGAAUGUGAAUAAAGAUCUCCAAACUAGAGCUGCUCCUAAAGACCUCCAACGUGGGGGUGCUUCUAAAGAUCCCCAUAGCGGGGCUGCUCCUGCCCCCUACCUGGCUCAGGUGGUAGGGCUGGGGCUGUCCCUGGCCCUUUGGUGUGCGGUGACCUCCCUGCUCACUCUAUUGCCCUGUGAUUCUUAG